UUUAGUUCUGGAGACUGGAAACCCAAGAUCAAGGUGCCAACAAGGUGAGGGUACAACAAGGGCCCCUUCUGGGCUGCAGACUGCCUGCUUUUCAUUGCAUCUUCACAUGUAGAAAGAGGUGAGAGAGAUCCUCUGUCCUUUUUCUAAGGGCACUAAUCCCAUCCAUGAGGCUCCAUCCUCAUGACUUACUCACCUCCCAAAGGCCCUGCCUCCUAAGGGCACCACCUUGGGGAUUAGGAUUGCAACAGAACGUGGGGGGCACAAAUCAGUUCAUAACAACAUACAAUGGAAUAUUAUUCAGGAUUGAAAAGGAAGACAUUUUCAGCACCUGCUGUAACGUGGAUGAACCUUGAAGACCUUAUGCUUUGUGACAGAAAACUGUCACACAAGGACAAGCACUGUAUAAUUCCAUUUAUGUGAGGUUCCUGGAGAAGGCAAAUUCAUAGAGACAGAAACAUUAAGGGUGGUGUCUGCAGGACUGGGGAGUGGGGAGUCAUUUAAUGGGUAACAGUUUCAGUUUGGUAAAAUGAAAUGAGUUCCUCAGUUGGGUGAUGAUGAUAGUUACACAACAAUGUGAAUGUGCUUAGUGCCAUUGAACUUUACCUUGAAAAAAGGCUAAGACAGUAAAUUUUAAGGUAUGUGUAUUUAUCACAUUUUAGAAAAAAAUGAAUCUUAAUAUCUAGAAUAAUUACGGGGAGUAAUCAUCUUAUAAUUGCAGACAACUUGAAAAUCUUGCCCGACGCUGCAGCAGGUGUAUAUGCAUUAUCUCUCUUUUUUUUUUUACAUUUAUUAAAAAUUGUGACAAAAUUUGAAUGUUGGCAACCGGGGUAAAGUUAACUAUGUUCUUUUUCUGAACGUUCAGGUUUGAAGUGGCUGUUCAGUUGCUGUCAUCAAUUCUUGAGCAAAAGGGAACAUUUAGUGAAACUCCAGAAACAUCUUGAGAACUAAGACAUUAUACCUUUGAUAAGAAUUUAUUUAAACCCCUUUAGGAAAUGUGCAGAAAGAGCUGAUUUUUAGGUAAAAUGACAUGUCCUAAAAUUUUUGGAAAUGCGUAGUGGGUUCUUGGGGGUUCUUUGGGAGUGGCUUUGGUUGUCUCUUGCGAAAGGAAAAAAACUACCCCUAUUCAUAGAAAUGUUAUUCUCCUUAUCCUCAUCCCCAACUGUCAUCAGAGUAUGAAGGUCAGAGAUCUUUUGUCCUUUUUAAUAGUUUGUUUUCUUAAAAGUGGUUGAGUGUGAAUUUCCUCUUGCGUGGGAAAAGGAUCAUUGUUUUUAUUGGCAUCAGCGAAUGCUCUCACACAUGACUGUUUAAAUAUGCCUUCAUUCCUUGGUCAGUAGAACGGCAUCCUGCUAGAAGACAGAUUGUGUAACCUCAGAGGCUUUCAGGGAAACUCCACGGUCCCAGGGAGAGUGUGGGACAGAGGCAUCCUGUACAGAGGAGGCACCCCUUGUUCUCUUUCUCUGCCUCCCCAACCCUGCCCCAUUGAUUUCCCUCCUGGUGGAAUCUCUUCAGAGGGACCCUUGGAGCAGAAGAAAACAUCCAGCCCACCUGUUACUGAAUAUCCCCUGUUGCAAAGGAGCACAGGCUCUCUGGCCUCCAGCCCACAUCUGCGGAAGCUUGGUUGGAGUGAGGUUGCUGAUGGCUGCUCCCCUUUCAGUCCACGUUUGGUUCCUGCAUCCAAGAGGCAGAGUGAGAAUCAGACCCUGGACAGUGGCCAUCCCUGAAGGCAGCACAGUCAUGCAUGGCCUCUUGGCAAGCAGCCCGCGCUCUCAGAUGGGACACCUGUCUCCAGGUGUGCUGCUCUGUGGCCCCGAUUCAGUGGUGACAUUGCCUGAUUCCGGCCCUGGUUCUGCCUGCCACUAGCCAGGCAGCCCUGCACCAAGCUCACACCACUAGGGCCUUAGGAAGGGAGAGGCAUGUAGGUAAAACCCCUUAAAAACUUAGUUCUCAGCCAUGAUGGGACAGGAGAUCAGACACACCUUGCCAUACUUUCUCCCUUUUAUAGUUUAGGUACAACGGAUGACCAUUACUAAUGUUAAAAUAGAGAACAGGACAGACUGUUGGUGACAACAAGAUACAAACUUAUAAGCAGGACCUCAGGCCACGCCAGGUAAGGGUCGAGCCGCGUGUCCUGCACUUGAAGAAUGGACUCUGCCCUCACACCACAGCAUCUUCUUUUUCUCCAGCAGCUCAACACGCACUGGCCCCGAGAUUCAAAUGACUGCGGCUCAUCCACCCACAGACGCCAGCUGACCCCCUUCCACAGCCACAACUACAGCUCUGAUAGGGCAGGAGACUCCAGGAGCCUCCUUCUGAUAAGAGGCCCCUGACCAUGGACUGGCCCUGGCCAGUUUACAGAGGCUGAGCUCCUUCAAGUCCUGAAAAGACCUUUUUGACGUUUAGGGCCUAAUUGUGAUACAUUUCAAUGUUAAGACUCCACCCCAGAGUGAACAUGGGAGGCAUGUAACAUGGAUGUUCAAUAUGCAUGUGUCAGGGCCACCUUCAUGAAUAUUUAGAGUUCCUCCUGUAACCUGCUGAAUAUGUGUAUUUGGCCAACCCAUUCAGUAUAAAGCUCCUUCCCCAACCCCUCCUCUUUCAAAGUGCCUGUCUCUGGUCUUGGACAAAAAGCACACUUCCCAGACUGUGUGAUGGCUGCCUUGCACCUUUAUAAGAAGCUACAGAUUCUCGUUGACACUGGAAGCAGCAACUUUGCCGUGGCGGGAGCCCCACACUCCUACAUAGAAACGUACUUUGACACGGAGAGGUCCAGCACAUACCGCUCCAAAGGCUUUGACGUCACUGUGAAGUACACGCAGGGCAGCUGGACGGGCUUUGUUGGGGAGGACCUAGUCACCAUCCCCAAAGGCUUCAAUAGUUCUUUCCUUGUCAAUAUUGCCACUAUUUUUGAAUCAGAGAAUUUCUUUUUACCUGGGAUUAAAUGGAAUGGAAUACUCGGCCUAGCUUAUGCCACACUAGCUAAGCCAUCAAGUUCUCUGGAGACCUUCUUUGACUCCCUGGUGACACAAGCAAACAUCCCCAAUGUUUUCUCCAUGCAGAUGUGUGGAGCCGGCUUGCCCGUUGCUGGAUCUGGGACCAACGGAGGUAGUCUUGUCCUGGGUGGAAUUGAGCCAAGUUUGUAUAAAGGAGACAUCUGGUAUACCCCUAUUAAGGAGGAGUGGUACUACCAGAUAGAAAUUCUGAAAUUGGAAAUUGGAGGCCAAAGCCUUAAUCUGGACUGCAGAGAGUAUAACGCCGACAAAGCCAUCGUGGACAGUGGCACCACGCUGCUGCGCCUGCCCCAGAAGGUGUUCAAUGCAGUGGUGGAGGCUGUGGCCCGCGCAUCUCUGAUUCCAGAAUUCUCUGAUGGUUUCUGGACUGGGUCCCAGCUGGCUUGCUGGACGAAUUCGGAAACACCUUGGUCUUACUUCCCUAAAAUCUCCAUCUACUUGAGAGACGAGAACUCCAGCAGGUCAUUCCGUAUCACGAUCCUGCCUCAGCUUUACAUUCAGCCCAUGAUGGGGGCCGGCCUGAAUUAUGAAUGUUACCGAUUCGGCAUCUCCCCUUCCACAAACGCACUGGUGAUCGGAGCCACAGUGAUGGAGGGCUUCUACGUCGUCUUCGACAGAGCCCGGAAGAGGGUGGGCUUUGCAGCGAGCCCCUGUGCAGAAAUUGCAGGUGCUGCAGUGUCUGAAAUUUCUGGGCCAUUCUCAACGGAGGACGUAGCCAGCAACUGUGUCCCUGCCCAGUCUUUGAGCGAGCCCAUUUUGUGGAUCGUGUCGUACGCGCUCAUGAGUGUGUGUGGAGCCAUCCUCCUUGUCUUAAUCGUCCUGCUCCUGUUGCCGUUCCGGUGUCAGUGUCGCCUCCGGGACCCUGAGGUCGUGAAUGAUGAGUCCUCUCUGGUCAGACAUCGCUGGAAAUGAAGAGCCAAGCCGGACCUCAAGCAACUGUGGACUCAGCUAUUUAAAAAAAAAA